UCCCCGCCCCCGGAGCCCUCCCGGCCCGCGCGCGCGGCCAGCGCAGACCUCCCGGCUCGACUGGCGGCGCGGGCGGCGGUAAAAUGUCGGCUCCAGGACCUUACCAAGCAGCUGCAGGCCCUUCUGUAAUGCCCACUGCACCCCCAACCUAUGAAGAAACAGUGGGUGUCAACAGUUACUACCCAACCCCCCCAGCACCUGUGCCAGGACCAGCCACAGGCCUCAUUACAGGCCCAGAUGGGAAGGGCAUGAGUCCACCUUCGUACUACACCCAGCCUGUGCCUGUCCCCAACGCCAACGCAAUUGCCGUGCAGACCGUUUAUGUGCAGCAGCCUGUCUCCUUCUAUGACCGCCCCGUCCAGAUGUGCUGUCCUUCCUGCAGCAAGAUGAUCGUGACCCAGCUGUCCUACAAUGCCGGAGCCCUCACCUGGCUGUCCUGUGGCAGUCUGUGUCUGCUGGGAUGCAUCGCUGGCUGCUGCUUCAUCCCAUUCUGUGUAGACGCCUUGCAGGACGUGGACCAUUACUGCCCCAACUGCAAAGCUCUCCUGGGCACCUACAAGCGUUUGUAGGACUCGGCCAGCCAGCCACCAGGGAGGUAGUAGACAAGUACUACCGGAAGUCACCUGACCCUUGCCCAGCACAGCCAGAAGAGGUCCUUCCUUGAUCUCAUCUCUUCAUGGGCUCCAUCUUCAUGUCUUUUAGGGGGUGGGAAAGGUCGGAAAAGUAACAAACUUCCCAGAAACUGCUGCUGGAGCUGUGCCCUGCACAUGCGAAGACGUGGACCUUGGGUGUUGUUUCAAGGGUUUACCUCCUGCUCACGUUACCCCACUAACUGAUGGUUACCCCAUUUGCAUCCCCUCCGAUGAUUUACCAUUGGCUGCCUCCUCUUCCUCAGUGGGCCUUCCUGGUGCCAAUCUCAAACCCCAAAGCCACAGUUUGCCUUAUUUCUCACUGUUUGGCUUGAUCUGUUCCGUCUCUUCCCAUCCCUAAUGACUGAGACUUCGCCUUAAAGACGUUGCAGUUCUGUAAUUGCAGACUUCUCCGGCACUCAGAAUCAUUUUAAUUUCAUAAGUUUUUUUUUUCCAAGUGCACAGAAGGGCUGCUGACACCCACCAGUCACAUACAGAUAAGGUCACUAGUACUAAAUAAAAGGCUCGAAGCCUGUCCUGUCUCAGUCCCUGUCCUGUGAAGGGGCUUCUUCCUCACACAGUUUCCAGGAACUCCCUUUGUUCUUAAACACAUAUGGAAGUUACUUGGCAGGGAGACAUUUCUAGAAUAAUUUUUGUAAUCAUGAUACAACCUUCAUUUCUCCAUUUGCUGAUGUGUUUUUAGUUGGUUUUGUUUUAGUUUUUCACAUACAGUCCAGCUUGUUGCCUAGGCCAGCCUUGAACUCCGAGGCAAUCCUGUCUUUGCCUCUCAAAUACCCAGGGCUUUCCACAUGUGCCUCUGCAUCUACUGGGCUUUUUGUUCUGUUUUGCUUUGACAGAAAAACAAACAGGUAAUUUCAUCGACUGCCUAUGUAGGUUUGGUGUUGUUUAGAAAACCUUGUCUCCAUGGGGCUUCUUUGGGGGAGUCAGGGGACCCCUAUUUGAGCCCAUGCUUCAUGCCGAGAGAUUGGCUGCUGGAGCUCCCUGAAACCUGAUUUCAUUUUUUAGAGAUGAGCCUGUGUGGUACAGCCAUCAUGGUCUCCAACAUCAACAGACCAGGAAGAAGGAUGCCAAAGACAAGUUCAGGGUUCUUUCUAGGGUGAGCACUCUGUCAUGUAUAAUACUGACACAGUCUGGCCAGCUUCUCAGGAGGCCCUGACCCAUCCUAAGCCUACACAAGAUCUGCUGCAAAUAUCAGUGUAUGAAGUCAACCUGACCUGGAACAGAAGUCUGCAUAUUGGUUAAGAUACAGCCUAGCCAUUGACCAAGCUGGUCAUACGAUGAUCCAGAAGUACUAGCCAUCAUUUUUGCAGUGAAUUAUGGGUACCAUACAUGACUUUGAUGAUAUCUGCUUUUAAACAAAUAAAAUCUUUGAUCAUUCA